AUGGUCCACUCCAGUCCAGCCUCACGCCUGACGGAGGCUCAUGAGGUGAACAGGAGCCAAGACAUUCUGAGCACAGCAUCUGCUGCCUCCGUCCAGCACGAGACCUCCGACCUGUGCGGGCGCGGCCUCAAAGAGGAGGGAUGGCACUGCCAGUCUCUGUCCAAUCAGCUGUCAGCACCAGCAGGUUCCCUGCUGGGGAGACAUCCUGGCCGCACGCUGCCUCCUCUCCCCGCUGAGCACCUGAAGGAACGUCUGGAGAAGUACAUGGCCCGUUUCCCUAAGGUGCGCAUUGUGCGGACCAAGAAGCGCGAGGGCCUGAUCCGCACCCGUCUGCUGGGCGCCUCGGUGGCCAAAGGAGAGGUGCUCACCUUCCUCGACUCCCACUGCGAGGCCAACGUCAACUGGCUGCCUCCGCUGCUCGACCAAAUAGCCCAGAAUCCCAGGACCAUUGUGUGCCCGAUGAUUGACGUCAUUGACCACAAUCACUUUGGCUACGAGGCCCAGGCAGGCGAUGCCAUGCGGGGGGCCUUUGACUGGGAGAUGUACUACAAGCGCAUCCCCAUCCCCCCUGAGCUGCAGAGCACAGACCCCAGCGACCCCUAUGAGUCUCCUGUGAUGGCUGGCGGUCUGUUUGCGGUGAACAGGCAGUGGUUCUGGGAGCUGGGCGGUUAUGAUACUGGCCUGGAGAUUUGGGGUGGAGAGCAAUAUGAGAUCUCUUUUAAGGUGUGGAUGUGUGGCGGCAGCAUGUACGAUGUGCCCUGCUCCAGAGUGGGGCACAUCUACAGGAAGUACGUGCCCUACAAAGUGCCCUCUGGGACCAGCCUGGCAAGAAAUUUGAAGCGAGUGGCAGAGACGUGGAUGGAUGAGUAUACCGAGUUCAUCUACCAGCGGAGGCCGGAGUACCGGCACCUCUCCACCGGGGACCUGACCGCACAGAAAGAGCUGCGCAAGCACCUCAAGUGUAAAGACUUCAAGUGGUACAUGAAAAACGUGGCCUGGGACCUGCCCAAGUACUACCCUCCUGUGGAGCCACUACCCGCUGCCUGGGGAGAGAUACGCAAUGUGGCGUCAGGGUUGUGUAUCGACUCCAAGCAUGGCUCAACAGGCACAGAACUGCGCCUGGACGCCUGUCUGAAAGAGGGGGCUGAGCGCACGUGGGCACAUGAACAGAUUUUUACUUUUGGUUGGCGGGAAGACAUCCGGCCCGGUGACCCCCUCCACACCAGGAAGUUCUGCUUCGAUGCCAUCUCCCAGAGCAGCCCCGUCACACUGUACGACUGCCACGGAAUGAAGGGCAAUCAGCACUGGAGCUACCGCAAGGAUAAAUCACUCUUCCACCAGGUAAGCAGCGGCUGUAUGGACAGCAGCCUCAGCGAUAAGAGGAUUUUCAUGAACAAGUGCGACCCACUGUCGAAGACGCAGCAAUGGCUGUUCCAGAGAGUCAAUGCCACCGUUUUGGACAAAUUCAACAGCGCCGCCAGCUCCUAGGCAUGCUGACAGCCUCCAUCCUGCCUCCUUAACACACACACGGCAGCCAAGCAAGCAGCUGUCUCCCAGACCUCACAGGGUCCUCAGCGAUAGAUCUUAGCAGCAGAGCUGAACAGUUAACUAACUGUGUGGAUCAUGUCUGCAUACAUGCACAUGUGUGUGUGUGUGUGUGUGUGUGAGUGUGUGUGUGUGUGUGUGUGUUUGAUCUGUCUGAGGCCCUUACGCUCUGGGAGUUAGACCAAAGUGGAUCAAAAGUACUACACCCAGAGUCCAAAGCCGUGGAGACUGCAGUGGCUUUGUGAGAUGUGUGGCUGAUGAGUCCCAUGUAGGACCAUAACGAGCCCUUGCUGGUCAAGGAAAAUGCGGAGUGCCGACAUCUCUCUCUAACUCUCUCUCUUACACACACUCUUUCUUAGUUAUGAGAUCACAUACUGAUCUGACUCUCUGAAUACAUGAUAAAUAAGGAGGAAUUUGAAUUUGAUUUCUGCCCCAGUCACCUCAAGACUGUUGCUCCAUACUCUGAAGACGCAUAGUGAAGCUGGAUUUGGUGAGAGGUUCUGAAAGAAAGACAUUGUUUUGUAUCACUAUUUAUUUUACAUGGUUGUUUUGAUGUAUAUUUAUUUUGUAUUUAUUCUGUGUCAUUUGUUUUAUCAAUGUAAGUUAUUGUUAUGUACAUACUUAAGUUUCUUUUUUCUGGUUCCUGUGAUAGUAAGAUUCAAACUGCUGAUAAAGUGAUUUUUUGGCUCAUUGCUCCGGAA